AUGUCAGAAGAAGAGGCAGACUGUUGUCCGCUGUGCAUGGAAGAACUCGACCUUACAGACAAGACGUUCGACGCAUGUCGUUGUGGCUACCAAGUGUGUCUAUGGUGCUGGCAUCAGAUUAAGAACGAGUACAACGCGCUUUGUCCAGCGUGUCGGGCGCCAUACUCGGAGCUCGCCAAGUCAAAGGGCAACGUCGACAGAGAAGAUGUGGUGCGGCGUACGAAACAGAGGAAACAGAAGGAGAAAAUUGAAAAGAAGGCCAUUGCACCUCCCAAACCCACGCCGAUCAACCGCAAAAGUCUCGUCAACGUCCGCGUCAUGCAGAGGAACCUGGUGUACGUCAUUGGGUUGCCCGUCCAUUACGCAGACGACGAGAUGCUCCGGUCGAAGGAAUGCUUUGGGCAGUAUGGCCGCAUCGUCAAAGCCGUCGUCAACAAGUCACAUUUAAACACAGACCGAAAUAACGCCACUGCCAGCGCGUACAUUACAUUUGCACAUAAACCCGAUGCCCAGAACUGCAUCGACCUCAUUGACGGCUACAUCUUGGACGGCAGUUUGCUGCGGGCGUCGUUUGGAACGACCAAGUACUGCAACUUCUUCCUGCGCAACCUCUCAUGCAACAACCCCGAGUGCCUGUACCUCCACGAACUGGGCGAAACCGACGACAGCUUUACAAAGGAGGAGAUGCAAACGGCAGGCAAGGGCUGUUUUCGUGAUAUCGCGCCGUACGAAGACCGGCGCGGCAAUGCAUUUCCACAUCUCACAUCGACCAUGCGCGAAGCGUCGGACGGCAAGGCGCCGCCGGUGGUGUCGUCGGAUGCCCAGCGCAAAGCACAGAGCGCCGCGGCCAUAUCCAAGCUCAAACAAUACACAGAAGCAGACACGAAACCUCGGCCCAAGCAGUCUGAGUUUGCCGCUGCCGCCGCCACCCCUUCUCCUCCCCCGCCAUCUACAUCGCCGUCGAGCCCCGUCGCACACAACACACAAGCCUCGGAAGCACCGACCAAGCCGGUUCUGUAUGUGGACACGAGCAACAAGGCUACAACACCGCUAGCAGCCAGCCCCUCGUCGGACGAACCUCUGUGGGCGCAGUCGUUUCCUCGAACGACCCAGGCGAGCCAAGAGCCGGCGCGCCCCAUCCACCACGUGUUUAGUCCGUUUGGCAUGGGCUUUGACGGCGGGAUUGGCCGCGUGCACCAACAGCAGCAGCCUCACAUCGGACCGUCCCGUCCGCAGCCUCCCCCCCCGCCGCCGCCGCCGUCGUCCUCCGUAGACAAGUCGGCGCAUGUGUCGGCGUGGAGCUUUGACCCGCACUUCCCGGACCUGCGCCAAGCCCCAUCGCCGCCCCCGUCGGCGUUUGAGUUUGCCGCCGUCGACUCUGCGUUCACUCCGCGCAACGAGUCGUCGGAGGCGUUGGCGGGGCUGCUCGGUGUGCAGCUGAGCGCCAAGCCCCUCUUGGGAGGGGGGGGCAUGCUGCCGCCGCCACCGCCCGCAACUGCCCCGCCGACCUCUGGCGGCAAGCGAGGGUCUCGGUUCAGUUUUGCCAACCCUUCGGACCCCCUUUCAACCUCGCAGCCGACAUCGAUGGAAGACUACAACCCGUUUGGCGGCAUGUACCGCAGCCCCGAGAAGUUGUUUGACCGGUCGCCUUCGUCGUCUGGAUCGUUUGCGAUGGGGGCUCAAGAGCCGUCAUCGUCGCUGUCUGGGCUCGCGUUCUUGCAGCAGAUGCUGCCCAACGUCAACAUCAGCUACGGCCGCGAGCCCACCGAGCAGCACUUGCAUCGACCGGCGUACACGCAGUCGUUCGACCAGAAGAGCUCGUGGACGAAUGGGUUGACCAGUACUAGUCACCAUGAUGACCAGCAGCAGCAGCAGCCGUUUUGGGCGAGGCAAGGCGCGUUCGACGUGUCGCCGCCGCCGCCAUCGUCGUCGUCGUCGUACUCGUUUCAAGACCCAGCGCUGGAUGACAACUUAACGCAGCCCCAGCAACCGAAAGCGUUUGGCAGGUCGUAUGCGAGUCCCCAGCACAACUUGAACACAGGGCGCAGUUAA